AUGCGAAGGGGUUUAUUUCUUAGGCACCUAAAGAAUUCUCAAACUCUUGUGCUCCUCUCCUCCCCUCCCUUUUCUACUCCUCCCCUCCCUUUUCUACUCCUCCCCUCCCUUUUCUACUCCUCCCCUCCCUUUUCUACUCCUCCCCUCCCUUUUCUACUCCUCCCCUCCCUUUUCUACUCCUCCCCUCCCUUUUCUACUCCUCCCCUCCCUUUUCUACUCCUCCCCUCCCUUUUCUACUCCUCCCCUCCCUUUUCUACUCCUCCCCUCCCUUUUCUACUCCUCCCCUCCCUUUUCUACUCCUCCCCUCCCUUUUCUACUCCUCCCCUCCCUUUUCUACUCCUCCCCUCCCUUUUCUACUCCUCCCCUCCCUUUUCUACUCCUCCCCUCCCUUUUCUACUCCUCCCCUCCCUUUUCUACUCCUCCCCUCCCUUUUCCAUUCCUCCCUCCCUUUUCUACUCCUCCCCUCCCUUUUCUACUCCUCCCCUCCCUGUUCCAUUCCUCCCUCCCUUUUCUUCUCCUCCCCUCCCUUUUCUACUCCUCCCCUCCCUUUUCUACUCCUCCUCUCCCUUUUCUACUCCUUCCCUCCCUUUUCUACUCCUCCCCUCCCUUUUCUACUCCUCCCCUCCCUUUUCUACUCCUCCCCUCCCUUUUCUACUCCUCCCCUCCCUUUUCUACUCCUCCCCUCUACCAGGACCAGCAAAGCCGGGAGUUAUCACAGGGCAACUUCGAGAAGAGGAUGAAGAGGGCGAUGAUGAAGGUGAGGGGGGAGGAAGAACAAAAGGGGGUGGGGUAAGGAGGUGUGACAGGUUAUUGUAUUCAGAGUAA